CUGAUUACCCGCGACAUGUGUCUGUUGAUCUUAUCUGCACAGUCUCUACCGCCCACGAGUUUCCUGGCGAAUUGGUAUAAAAGGUGCAUCUGGCGGCAGUUGAAGUCAUUCUGAACCUGAUUCAAAUUCAUUUCAGUGCAAACAUGAAGAUAAUCAUUGCCUCUGCCGUGAUCCUGUGCUUGGUUGCAGUCGUAAGAGGCGCUUGUACUUGCUCGAGUGGAUGUGAAAAACCAGCAGCUUAUACACCUGGAAGUAGCGGUCGCCCUGAUUGCUCUAAAUAUGCGGAGGGCAAACAAUUCCCUAACAACAACGACCCAACCAAAUACUGGAAAUGUCAAAGUAAGGAGGCCGUUUCCCUAUCAUGCGAAACUAGCUAUUUAUACCAGAGUUCUACUGGAGAGUGCGUAUGCUAUGCUAAUUGGGUAUGGGAACCACUAUCCGAUCCAGAGUACCUACUUCCCGAACCAGAAGGAUGCGACGAAACUGCUGGAAACUGCAACUGCGCUUGCAAUAGCAAAUAAGAUGCAAUGCACCAACAUCAUCAGCCACCUCCUGUAGGGCAAUGAUUUUUCAAUAAAUAAUGCAUUAGCUUGAGCAUGAGCAAAAAAA